AUGACAGACAUGGUCGGAGGACAGAGCGACGAUGUCCACCAGGUCCCGCCUCCUCUUCCACCGGCUCCCAUGGAGAACUACACCUUUCCUGAACAUCGUUUGAAGCGCAAGAUGGACGACCCGGAGAAGACCCCUCUGCUCCUCGUGGCUUGCGGUUCCUUCUCCCCCAUCACCUAUCUGCAUCUUCGCAUGUUUGAAAUGGCUGCCGAUUACGUCAAAUUCAGCACGGACUUUGAACUCAUCGGUGGAUAUCUCUCACCCGUCUCAGACGCGUAUAGAAAGGCUGGUCUAGCCAGUGCCGAACAUCGGGUUGCUAUGUGCCAACUCGCGGUUGAUCAAACAUCGAAUUGGUUGAUGGUCGAUACAUGGGAACCGAUGCAGAAGGAGUAUCAGCCAACUGCCGUUGUGCUUGAUCAUUUCGACCAUGAGAUCAACGUUGUACGGGAGGGUAUUGAUGCUGGAAAUGGUAUCCGGAAGCCCGUCCGGGUGGCCUUGCUUGCAGGCGCUGAUCUUAUCCACACCAUGUCAACUCCCGGAGUAUGGAGUGAGAAGGAUCUGGACCACAUUCUGGGCAAAUACGGUUCUUUCAUCGUGGAACGCAGCGGCACGGAUAUCGACGAGGCUUUGGCAGCGUUGCAACCAUGGAAGGACAACAUCUACGUGAUCCAACAACUCAUCCAAAACGAUGUCAGCAGCACCAAGAUUCGACUUUUCUUGCGACGCGAGAUGAGCGUGCGCUAUCUCAUUCCCGUCCCAGUCAUUCACUACAUCGAGCAGCACCAUCUAUACGAGGACGACAGCACAACAGCCGCCUCGUCCUCAGCCGAUAAAGGCAAAGAACCAUUGCAGACAGGGAAAUCAGGCUGA